AUGUUUUAUGACCUCAAUGUCCCAUAUAGCCCGGAUGAUCCAGAGGUGCCGCACACCCUGAAUUUCCUGGCUGAACUGGGCUACACCACUAUUGCACUCUCCCAAACAAUCAAUGGAAAAAUUCCUGCGGUCCUUGCGCCCCCAUCAAGCCCGCCAAAUCCACCUAAAACUCUACAACUCUUAACCCGAUUGAACUUGAUCCUCGCCGACCCGGCUCAGAACCAGCGUCUUAAUAAUCUGACCCAGUCCUACGAUUUGAUUGCUCUGCGACCCACCAACGAAAAGGCCCUCCUUAACGCUUGCACAAAUUUAGAAUGUGAUAUUAUCUCACUUGACCUCUCCGUUCGGCUUCCAUACCACUUCAAAUUCAAGAUGCUAUCUGCUGCAGUGUCACGUGGAGUUCGUCUCGAGAUCUGCUAUGGCCCUGGAGUUACUGGAAGCGGGGUUGAUGCUCGUCGAAACCUUAUUGGGAAUGCUAUGUCGUUGGUUCGGGCAACACGCGGCCGCGGCAUCAUAGUGUCAAGUGAAGCCCGGAAGACAUUGGGCUUACGAGCUCCCUGGGAUGUGAUCAAUCUGACUUGCGUCUGGGGUCUGUCACAAGAACGCGGCAAGGAGGCAAUAUGUGAAGAGGCGCGGAAAGUGACCGCGUUAGCCAAGCUGAAGCGAACUAGCUGGCGGGGAAUCGUUGAUAUCGUACACGGUGGAGAGAAGGUCAACGUCGAGAAACCCGCGCCAACAAAAAAAAGUGGUCCCAAUGCGAAGGUGUCAUCUGAGGUGGACAAAGGCGCCGAUAACUUGAAAAGAAAAGCUUCUAUCGGUUCCGAGGCAGUCAAUGAGGAAGCUGAGAAGCCAUUAUCGAAGCGGGAAUUGAAGCGGCGUGCGAAAAAAGCUCGCCUGGAAGCGGGCGAAGCGGAUGCAAGCUGA